AUGCUUAUUACGCAGUUCAAAUAUUUGGAAAAUAAAAUAUUUUUUAGUAUUUAUUUUGUUUUCUUUGCUUUAAAAAGAAUUUGGUGUAUAGAGUGGGCCUCUCUACUUACUUCAGAGGGCGAUAUAUUCUGCUUUAUGACUGAUUUUACUAAUCCGAACUGUCUUAAAUUUAAUAAAGAAGAUCCAAAGAUUGAAUUCAAAGCUUUAAACUUUAUGAUAACAUUAGCAAAAAGCUUUACUUGGUCUGAUGAUAAGAAUUUAUCAGAGCUGGACGAAAAAGAUGGUUACAUUGAGAAAAAGAAAUCAAAAUAUAGAAAUACACCUGUUAUUACAGAAAGAAAACCAGUUUUUUUCGCCGAUGGACUACUGGCAAUGGAUAUACUGAAAUCGCUGUCUGAUAAUAUACCAAAUGACUUAAUAUUUUGUCCAUCUCCCAUAACAGCUAUUGCCAAAACGGUACUCGAAGAUUACUUAAGUGUUCAAUGCGACGUCAUUAAUGACGUACUUGUCUGGGCUGCAAACGACGAAGUAUUUCAUGUCGAGGUCGAGAAGCCUUUAAUUAUCAAUGACUUUCAUUGCAAGUCUGAUAUGAUCAGAAAAGAUUUUUUAGAAUCAUUGAAUUUAGAUUCGACGCAAUUCAGUGCCGCGUGGAUGAAAAAGGAAUUUAUUGAAAAGGUGGCGUCAUCUGCGUCGAAGAAUCCUUACGGAUGUAUUUAUAGGGCGGCAGAAUUUAGCAAAACUUUGAGAGACAUUUGGUUAACGCGUAUUCAAGACGACGUUACGAAAGUUUACACAAACAUGGGCGUCAUUAGUGACGGCUCACUUGGAACUAUUAAAGGAUAUCCAUAUAUUUUACCUAUUGUGAUGAGUAAGGGUUCUUGGUCUAUAGACAGGCGUUUUGAAGAUGAUACAUAUCUCAAGAUGGAAAUAAAAAGAUUAAAUAAAAUGGCCAAAGAUCAGCACGUAGAGCUGAUAUCACAUUGCAAAAACUUUCUGCGAGAGAACGUCAUUUAUCAAGCUUUCAGAGAUGAAGAUGACAGCGGUUCUACUAGCAAAUAU